AUGAAGAUGGAGUCAGCGGCGGCUGAGGCUCAGCAGACGGCUGAGUCUGCUGAGACAGAAAACCAGCAGCAGAUCACGCCGGCGCAGCUCGCCACCUUGGCAGCCGCUGAUUGUAGCCUCUGUUUCCCCCUUACAUCCUUUUUCCUACAGGUAUCCAUGGCAACGGGCCACGGCUCAACAACAGGUCCCACGGUCACACUUGUACAGCUUCCAAAUGGGCAGACGGUCCAAGUGCACGGUGUGAUACAGGCAGCGCAGUCAUCCGUCAUACAGUCGCCACAAGUGCAAGCUGUGCAGAUCUCCACCAUUGCUGAAAGUGAGGAUUCACAGGAGUCAGUGGACAGUGUGAUUGACUCACAGAAGCGGCGCGAGAUUCUUUCUCGCCGACCCUCUUAUAGGAAAAUCCUGAACGAUCUUUCGUCUGACGCGCCAGCUGUCCCUCGCAUCGAGGAGGAAAAGGCCGAAGACGAUGUGGCGGCGGCUGCCACGCCCGCUAUCACUACCGUAACCGUGCCCACCCCGAUUUACCAAACCAGCAGUGGUCAAUACAUCGCCAUCACGCAGGGUGGUGCCAUCCAGCUGGCCAACAACGGCACCGACGGGGUUCAGGGCCUGCAGGCUCUCACCAUGACCAACGCGGCCGCUGCUCAGCCAGGGGCCACCAUCUUGCAGUACGCGCAGACCAGUGACGGCCAGCAGAUACUAGUCCCCAGUAACCAAGUGGUGGUGCAAGCUGCGUCUGGCGACGUCCAAGCCUAUCAGAUCCGAACGGCGCCCGCCAACACCAUCACGUCCGGCGUGGUCAUGGCCUCUUCGCCCGCACUGCCAACUCAAGGUGCAACCGAAGAAGUCACCCGCAAGAGGGAGGUCCGCCUCAUGAAGAACAGAGAGGCAGCGCGUGAGUGUCGCAGGAAGAAGAAGGAGUAUGUCAAGUGUCUGGAGAACCGAGUGGCUGUUCUGGAGAAUCAAAAUAAGACGCUCAUUGAAGAGCUCAAAGCCCUCAAAGACCUAUACUGUCACAAAUCUGACUAA